CGUUGCCACCUCACAACGUACGGCGACCGGUCAGAAUAAUAUUGCACAAUAGAAACAUUUGUUAAAAGUUUGUUUAAUUGCAAAGUGCGUGUCGUGUUGUGAGUGGAUUGGAAAUUGAAUUCGGAGAAAGAUCAUAAAAGACUGUUUGAUAAUUAAAGCAAUUACAAUUUAAUUGAUAUUAUGAAGCUGUUGGCAAAUGUUCGCCGGCUGUUAAAACAUCAGCCAAUGAUGGAGCGCCUAAUGACAACAACAACGAGCCAAGCACAUGACACAACAACAACAACAAGAGGAUCUGUUGGGAAAGCGGCUUUAACUAGUGAGCAGCUCAAUGAACUGGAGCACAACAUUGAGCUGCGGCAUCACAGGAACAAUGUGCCACUCAUAAGACAGUUGAUUGAGAAGCUCCAAGAGGGCGCCAACAACGUGGAGCUGCUGAGCCAGCUGGAGGAUGAACUGCAGCAGCUGCCGAAUGCCACAAAUCCCCGACUGCUCAACUACAACAAUGAACCCCGUGAGUUGGCCAACUACAAGCAUCGCACGUUGCCUGAACAGGGAGCCAAAGAGUUCUCGGAACUGGCACGAGCUUUGAAUCUAUUUCGCAUGGAUCAUUUGGGAAAUUUUACGGGUCACAAGAGUUACUAUCUGACGGGGCAACUGGCCAUGCUGGAACAGGCCAUCAUACAGUAUGCAUUACAGACACUGCGUAGCCAAGGAUUCAAACUGAUGUCGGUGCCCGACAUCUUGCCACGCGAGGUGAUCGAGGCAUGUGGCAUGCGCACCGAAGGCGAACGCACCCAAGUCUACAAACUAGACACGGGGGCAUGUCUAUCGGGUACCUCGGAAAUGGCGCUAGCCGGAUACUUUGCUAACCAAGUGUUGGAGGAGCAGCAGCUGCCACUAAAAGUGGCUGCAGUAAGUCGUUGUUAUCGAGCCGAGACAUCAGGAUUGCAGGAGGAGAAGGGCAUCUAUCGAGUGCAUCAGUUCACCAAGGUGGAAAUGUUUUCCAUCACCACACCGGAGCAAUCAGAGGCCACGCUGGAGCAGUUCAAGGAUACCGAAAUCGCGCUAUUUAAGCGGCUGGGCAUCAAUUUCCGUCUGCUCGAUAUGCCGCCCUGUGAAUUGGGUGCUCCAGCAUAUCAGAAGUACGACAUCGAAGCAUGGAUGCCGGGUCGCCAGAUGUGGGGCGAGAUCUCCAGUUGCAGCAACUGCACGGAUUACCAAGCGAAGCGUCUGAAUGUCAAGUAUAAACGCGCCUCGGAUGGCAGAGUGUUGCAUGCUCACACUUUGAAUGGCACUGCAACCGCAAUUCCACGUCUCUUGAUUGCACUAAUUGAGUCCUAUCAGAGUGUGGGAAGUGCAGGAAACGCCUCCAUCGCAAUUCCCGAGGUGCUGGUGCCCUUCAUGAAUGGAGAGCGAACAAUAACGCGGAACAAGCGGAUACCGGAGACAAAGCUGGUGAAAUUUAUCAAGUCCACAACAUCGUGAAUAGUUGCUAUAAUAAAUCAGAUAAUGAACGAAAGACGACAAUAA